AUGGGGUCCAUGAAACACAGUGCUAUGAGCAUAGAAAACGCUCUGGGGUCAAAUAAGCGUGAGAACAAAGGUGCUGAAGAAAUGGCUUUCAUGGAGCUAAGUGACAAGAUGUCUCUGCAGAUGGAAACAAUUGGGAAAGAACAAGAGCUGACCAAGAAAAACAAUGGUUUCCUCCAAAAUAUCGAUGCAGCUGAAGGUGCAAUGCAGAAUUUGCUAAGGGAAUUUACCAAAAUGGACCACAUCUUGGACAGAUCAGAUGAUGAGGACGACAUUUUCUCUGAAAACCCCCAAACUGAAUUCCUUCACGAGGUGGAGACUAAAAAAUGGGAUGUGUUGGAGCUGGAGGCUGAGCGUGACCAAGCCCUGCCGAAAGAGGAGGAAGAAACAGAUUACGCUCAACAUGAGGAUCCUCAAGUGUCCACAUCUUUUCAAAUUUCAGAGGAGAACAUCCCUGAACUGAGUCAGGAGAACAUGUUCUUCCAGCUAGACCACUGGAAUUCACAGAUGGGUCAACAAGUGAAAGAACUUGGAGCUGAUCACAUAGACUGGAUGGAGAAAAUUAAAAAUAUUAUACAAGAAAUAAACCUAACAGAAAACACAGUGAAGAGCUUAAUAAAUGAGGUGAUGUCCCUGGAGGGCCAAAUUGAAAAGCUGGAGUCACAUCAGGACCUUGACCCUGAGCAGGGGGCAAACAUCGAGGAGAAGAUCAUGGAAAUUAAGAAGCAAUUAGGAGAAAUCACUAAGGAGUUUGUCCAGGCAGACGCUUGUAAUGAAGCUCAUGAAUUAAAGGAGAAACUCAUUGCAAGAAUAGAGAACUUUUCCAAGGACAUGACUCUGCUGAAUGCAAAGCUAGGGACAUACCAAAUGCAAGAAGAGAAAACAGACUCUCAGAGUCCUGAAGAAAUGGGUAUGGAAGAGAGGGAGCCCCUGCUUCCUCAGGCUCCACCACCCCCUUUAAUGCAGAACUCUCCUCCCCGCAUUACAAUGUGGUGGAAACGUGCACUGAGGAUUUUCAUCAUGUUUUAUGUCCUUACCUUCACUGGAGUUUUAUGUUACACACUAUUUUUUGACGCUACGUUUAUCUUUGAAAGGGUGCUCCCUACAAUGCUUGGGCGCCGCAGAAUGUGGGAACUACGGGAGAUUAUCGCGCCUUUUUUGAAUUUGGAAGUAGAAGACUUGUUACCCUCCUGAAGAUACAGAAGUUACCAUUACCCUACUGACUUUCUCCCCAAUAAAAUUCUGGCUGUUCUU